AAAAAACUUCGAGCAAUAAAAUGAGUUUAUAAAAUUUCUGUUGGCUAAUUUGGUCCUGACCUGUGUGCCUCAUCCCCGUGCCAUGCGUGCCCCAUGGUGGGGCAUGUAGAGCUUUUUGGAAGCAAUUUCUGUUUUGUAAAUUGCAAAAAAAAAAAUACUCCACCAAUUCAAGUUUUGUGAAUUGAAUUUAUUUUAAUACUCAAUUUAUUAAAUGUUUUUUUUACCCCGAAAUAGCCUAUAUUACCGACAGAGGAGUUAAAUAAAGUUGCAGUGCCGCACAUGCCCCACCUUCCCCUACAUUUUUGUAUCACUCGUGCUCGGAUAGUGCCGCAUAACGCAACGAUUUUGCCUUGGCUAAUUCUUGAAUUAUAUCAUCAUCGGGUGAGGUUAGAGGUAAAAGCGUUAGGUUAUAAGCAAAAGCGUUGCGUAAUGAAAAAUAACGCUACGUAAAAGCGUUGAGUUAUGAAAAAAAAUCGUAACGCUUCUCGCAUCGCCCUCACAGUCUACAUAACCUCUCUCGUUAGCCUCAGCAAAACCGUGCGUUAUGCGGUACUUUAUCCUCGCACUUGUGAAACAAAAUAGUAUGGGCAACUAGUACAAUAAGUUGCCAAGCACGCACGCGGGCUUCAUAUCGCACUCGUUUGGCUCGUUAGCAAACCCACCCGCGUGCGUAAUUGGCAACUUAUCGCACUCGUUGCACAAUAUGAUAAUGGGCAAGACAAGAUAUGGGCUGUUCAAUUUUCCUCCUGUGUUGCGUAUACUAUUUUUCUUCACACCAGCACCGAAAAUAAACAUUCCACAGAUAUUUGAAUUUUCGUGAGUGUAGGUGUGUUACACAUCUCUUAUAUGUGUGUUGGUGUGUUCCGAUGGGAGCUCCAGUAAGUACAGCAAUAUGCGCGGAUUUCAUUAUUUUUUUGGGAGAUUGGCAAUGGCUACUGGAACUCGACUGGAAAGUCGUUCCACCGCUUAGCAGUACCAUUGAUCAUUUGCUGUACAUAAACUGUAAUGCGAAUACUGCAGUGCCUUGAUGAGGAUUUGGGAAAUCUUGACAUACAAGAUAAAAUUACUGAAAUGGCCAAAGACGAUGAAAACAGUGAACAGCUAGUGGAGCUAAUUCUAGAAGAGGAUAGCGAAUUAUAUUAUCUGCAUGUCUCUCCAGCAGAUAGUUCACAAGCUGCAAGGGACAUGGAAUUUGCUACUGAACUGCUAAAUCGGCAUAAAUCAGCUAUCGACCAUCAAGCCAUAAAUGCAAUAGCAGCUGGUACUGCAGAUGAGUCAACGCCUGGAGGAAGCAACUUAGUCACCUUAAAUGUCUAGGACGAGGCAACAAAUAUUAUACACGCUAUUGAGAUAACUCCAUCUCAGCGUGAUCAAUCAAAUGUUGCUAUAAACUAUUGCUAUCUCUGCUGCUUAAGUUCAAUUAUUUAUUUGCAUACAUGUGUAUUUUUAAACUGUUUUUUAAUUCUUAUUAAUAAUUUUCUUGUAGACAUGGAGUUUGCCAAAAAGUUAUUGCAAGAAGAAACUACAAAUGAAAUUCAUGCAGCAAGUGGUAGUCAAUCAUUGACGCAAACAAAGUUGCAAGUAGGACAAAAAAGAUCAUCAACUGUAGUUCAGUUGACAGACAACAUUGGCAAUGAAGAUGAAACAGAAGAUUUUCAAAAUGUAAAUGUCAACAAAAAAGCAAGAAAAACCAAGAUUGGUGAAGAAUUUUGUUUUUGGACUGAAUCCCAGACUAAGUUGCUUCUGUCGCUAUACAAAGAACAUCAAUCAAAGUUAGACGAAGGAUCAAUGAGGCAUAAGGUAUUUUGGACUCUAGUCGUUGAAGGAUUAAAACAAAAAGGACAUGCUUUCACUACUGUUCAAUGCUCUACUAAAAUGGAUACGUUAAAAAGAGAAAGUGAAAUAUCACAAUUCACAAACUGGCAAUGAUAAAAAGACCUGCGAACACUUUGAGGUGAGUCAGUAAAUAAUUGUCAAAUAUUAUACUACUUAUGUUUCUAAUACAUUUUUAUUGUAAUCUACAAUUGGAUAUUGGAUAUUGGAUGAGAUGUUUUCCAAAAAGCCAUGGAUUAAACCACUUUCACAAGCAUGAUGUAAUUUACCGAUGGAUGAUUUCGAUGAAAAUGAGAAAGAGAAAUCUAAGAGUAGACGUACAAAUACAGUAAAUCAAGAAAAGUCAGAAAUUAUGAUGCAGACUUUAGAAAAUCAGCGUUUACGAGCAGAAGCGACUGCAGAAUACAGAAAACAAAAAUUAGAAAUUUUAAAGGAUUUAACAUCAAAGUUUAAUUGCUAACGCAAUCUCAUUUACUUAUAACAUUCAGUUAAUAAGAUUAAUAUUAUAUUGAGUCAUGAAAAGUUCAUGGCUAUAAGUAGUUCUAAGUAGUAUGUAUCAUACUGGACAAUUUAACUGUAAUGCAUUUGAAAGAGAAUAAAAAUACCUAGUUUUCCACGUUUGGUCCUCGGGAUCGACCGCUUUGUUGGGCAGAUAAAAUG